GAAAUAUGAAAUGAGCGAGUAGUUCAAAAAUUCCAUUUGAGUUUGACACCACAAAAUAUAUGACUACAUGAUUGUUGAUUAGUGUUGUUAUAACUGGAAAAUGAAAAAAUAAUGUUGCCAAAAAAUGACUAUACAUCCAAUAAAAGAUUUGACUUUGGAAUUCCUUUGCAAGAUAUAUUUCCACCAAAUGAUAUCCACCAUAGAUUGAAGUACCUUUUUGAAAAAGCACAUCAGUUGUAUAUAAGCAACAAAUGCAGUCUGCAAGAAAUACUCAGAUGUUAUAAAGGCUUCCUAGAGGAGUGCUUCAAACUAAAAGAAACAAUAACUUUUGACAUGUACUACUUCAGAAGUAUUUCGUAUAGAGCUGGGGCUUAUUUUUGGCUACUGAGACAUUUUCUUGGCCUUUUACCAAUACCUUUGCUGCCAAACUACACAAAUGGAACAUAUUUUGAUUGGAAAUAUUUGGCAGAUAGAUGUGGAAGGUGUCUUAGAGAUCAAAACAGGGCUGUGUGCAAUAUACUUGAUUAUGAUAUAGCUGUAAAUCUGAACUUCCUGCCAUUUGAACAUUUCUUACUAGUGAGCUACAUGAUGGUCUUUAUAAGAAAAGUAUGUCAGCGAUCAGAGAAAAAUUGUAGGUUAGAUAGGGAAUCAGUAAGACUUGUUGCAAAUUACUAUUGUGGAUCAAUCUUUACCAGGCCAUACAAACCAGGUGAAAAGGAAGAAACAAUGUGUCCUUUAUUUCUGUAUCUAAUAGUUAGAUGGCGAAAAAUUCAGAUGCAUUGCAACCAUAUGGGCCAUCCCGCGUGUUUUCUUGGAAUUAAUUUUAUGGAUAACAGCUCAACUGAGGGAAACAUAUCCAGGUCUAGAGCAGAUCAGUGGGUACAGACUGAACGGAUUUUGCCAUGUUUUCAAACAGAGAUUGUUGAAGAUUGUAGAAUUAUACCACAUUUCGUUCCAAGUGUGUCCAUCAAAGAAAAACCUUUGAUGAGGAGUAGCGGUUGUCAAACAGAAUUGAGUUUGGAAGACAAAGCAAUACAGAGUUCUGAUUCUCCAGAAUAUCUCGAAACUAUUGAUAUCAAGGAAAAUAAUGCAGUUGGCACUCCUGUAGUCAGCAGUACGUUUGCACUAGCAGGAUCAUCUUCUUUCAUGACACCUGAACCUGCUAAAUCUUUGUAUGCUGAAAUGACGUUUCUUACGGCAGCAGACUAUAGUGAUAUACAUAAUGAUGAUUUGGAUACCAGUAUUAAACUACAUGUUAGCGAUGUUGAAAAUCGAAGUGAACACAAUGUAAACACGAACGUUGAACAAGAUACAGGUCUCUCGUCACCUAGUAAAAAUACAGACCUUAGUUUUUUUAGUACAGUCGAAUCUAGUAGUCCAAAUACAUGGGAGGGUGUCAUGAAGGAGACAACUCGAACUAUUAAAAAGGUAGAGGAGUACAUCUAUGAUGACUGUGAUACCUUCAAGAAUGAGGACUACAAUCAGAUUGGAAGUAAACGAUGCCCGAGAAAAUCUAAGUCUCUAGUAGAUAAAUGUUCCAAAGAUGGUUGGACUUACACUCCACCUGAUACAAAAAGAGAAACUACAGAAGUAAAUCCUGAUUUACCAGCUCCACCUACGGACGAAGAUCCAGAUGAAACCAAUGGUUACUUUGAGAACAGCUAUCACAGAUUUUCAGUCCACGAUCCCGAUCGCGAUGUGAAGUCAAAGAAGAACAGGCGAAAGAUGCAAGUCGUUUAUGAUUUUCCCAAGUCGAAAAAGUCUGACGAAGAUUUGGAGAAGAAGGAUUCCAGAAGAAGGAUUAACUUCAAUUUGAAGAAAUUCAAGUUGAAUUUGGACUUUUUCAGGGUAAUAACACCUAGGCCUCCGAGGCAUAAAUAUUCUACUAAGGUGUUCGCUGAGGAUAGUGAUGUCAAGUAUAAGAAGAUUAAGAAUAUACGAUCUAGUACUCUUUGAAGUAUUCCUUAUCGAUUGUGUCAUUCAUGAUUAAAUAAAAAUAUAGCCUCGCAAGA